AGCAGGAGAGGGCACUGCCUUUCGUCGGCUGCCUGACAACUCCGGGGUGACGAUUUGACCGUGUGCAGAGUGCAUCCCCCCACCCUGGGGUGCCCAUAGUAACACGUCGGCCGCUGACCUCCGGGUCAUUCUAUCGGUGUUCCCGGCUGACUCUAGAGGUCCCUGGGUCUCCAGGGAGUGUAGAGCGCUGGUUCUGGGGGAAGAUGACAAAAAUCGCCUGGAGAAGUUUUUGGAAACACGUGCACGUGCCUUGCAACCCACCCGGCUUUCCCAGGCGGGUCAGAGUUCCGGGGACAGCAGCUUCGUAUAUUUGAGGAAAAAACUCCCCAGUGAUUCUGAUACGGUCCCCCUACUCAACGAUUGAGAACUACGGGUAUGGAGGUCUGGCAGCUUAUCAAGGCGCGACCUCAGACCCAUCUCCCCCAAAGAGUCUUCUUCACUGCAGGUCAGACUAAUUUGCUUAAGGCUUCCACCGCACGGCUCUUGAUCCUCUGCUUAUUUAUUUCUUCCGUGCAAUUAUUUGCGUAGCUGCCUCCCCCUACUGGCUGCGAUUUCUUUUCGAGUAGUGGCUCCGUCUCAUUCAUCCGUCCCCGCUUCCCUUUCAAAUGCCGGGCAUGAAGAAGUGCCAUUAUUAUUAUAAAUAAUAAAUUGACUUGAACUAGGGAAGUGGUGGGGAGGCUGUAAAUGGAUGAAUCUGGGGUGGAACUGGGUGAGACAAUGUGCCAGAAGUAGUUUGAGGUUGGCUGGGUGUAUGGCAGGGAUCCUAAUGUGAGUAUGGUGGAAUACUGAGGUGAGCCCCGAGGUUGAGGAGAGAUCAGAGGAAACCCCUCAUAACCCAUCUCGACAGAUGUCUCGGAGAGAGUAUGGAAAAUUCCUAGCCCCUCUACAGUGCGUAAUUCCAUUCUGGGCAUUAGGAUGAGACCGCUAGAAGGGGCAAAUCUCGUUUUCAUAGCUCUGCCUUCUAAUCAGGGAUAAAACUAUGCAAGUCCUGAACUAGAAUGACAGUUCCCCUCCCAGGAAGGAGGCACAGAAGGACAAACAGGCAUAUCUGGGCUCAAAUUUUGUGGGCAGUUCUAUGAUUGCCUCCACACUCCUCCAGUGACGCUCUGGGAAGCACCCUGUUCCUCGCUCCGUGUCUUGGAUACCGGCCUGUAGAGGCCUAAGCCUUGGAGGCCUGACACCUGGGUGGCUGAGUCAGCACCCCAGGCAUGGGCUUCAGUAGGAAACCUGGUGAUUCAGGGCCUCAAGAAUGGCGUUGGACAAGCCACCUGACCAGCUAGCUGCCUGGGCCUCCUCCUCCGCCUUAUUGCAAUGGCAAUAAGGAACACAGUUCGGUCGGCUCGUUCCUGGGCACCUAAAUUAGCCUUCCAAACCCCAGACCUCCAGCUCCCCUCUGCUGGUUCAGUCCUGAUGCUUCUCAGGAGACUCCAGAAACUGGAUCAGGUCUUGGGGGAGAGGAUUUCAAUUCCGGAAGAUAAAGAAUUAUACAUAAUGGAACUUCCAAGGAACCCCACUUUGCUACUCUAAGCGCCACAACUCACUUCUCACAUUCAAGAGAGUCGCCUCUCCAUUCUCCUCUUCCCUUCCUAGUACCAUCAGACAAACAAAAUAGGCAGCCCUCUCCUUCCUUCCUUCCUUCCUUUCUUCCUUCCUUCCUUCCUUCCUUCCUUCCUUCCUUCCUUCCUUCCUUCCUUCCUUCUUUCCUUUCUUCUUUUUCUUUUCUUUCUUUCAUCCUGUUUUUGGUCUUAAAGCAUUUCUCUGUUGAUCACUGUGUGUGCAUGUCUCUCUUGUGUGUAUGCGUGUCUCUUAUGUAUGUGUCUCGUGUGUGCGUGUGUGUGUGUGUGUGUGUGUGAGUGUAAGGAGGGAAGACAAGAUUUUAAUUAAUCAAAGAUUUAACAUCUUGGCCCCAUAGACCUAUAAUCCUUUGAUAGGGUUUUCUUUUUUGCUUUUGUUACUUUGGCUGCUACUCUCCGGCAUCCCCUGUAAAUCCACUCGAGGUCUGAAGAUGGGACAGCAGGUGUCUCUUCUGGCUGCUUUUCAGCAUCUGCCUCUCUAGCUGACGCCUCUCCUAGGCAUGGAGGCGGGGCCCUGAGAGCUUUGGCCAAAGGUUGCUCUGAAGGGGGUGUGAGUGCUUAGACAGGUGACUAGGAGCUGGGACGCCUGGGGCCUGCCCCAACUGAGUCACUGUGCUGUUGUUGACACCGUCCUGUUGAAGUCCCUUCUCAGCUCCCCAGACCUCUGUGGAAACAGCAGCAGCUCCCAUCCUUACAAACUCUCAGGAGAAGGUGCCAGCCUGAUGGUGAGGCGAACGGGCUGGGGGGGGAGUAGGGGGAGGCUGGGGCUGUGGGGAGACCUGGGGCCUGGAUCGAUGCCCCUCCUCCCCAUGCCCCUGCCUCCUCUUCCUCCUCCUCCAUGUCGGAGGCCUGGGGGAGGGAGGGUCUCCAUCUUCUCUCUGUCCCCUGCUCCUCACACAAGAAGUGUGCCUUCCUCAGUUCCUCCUCUGGCCCUGGGGUCCCCCUGCCCAGCGGCACAGGCCCCAGGGGCUUCUCAGCCUUGCCACAGUGCCCUCCCCACCCCAGCCACACCCCCAACACAGGGUGGGCGUGUGAUGACUCCCAUCUCUGCUCCCCACUCCUGGGGUUCCCAUUCCACCCCACCCCUCGCCUCGGCGACACCCCCUCCUUCAUGCCGAUGCCCCCAGGACAAUCCUGGGCUGCGGAUAGGCCCUCUGAUCCCUGAGCAGGAUUAUGAGCGUCUUGGGGACUGUGACCCUGAGGGGUCCCAGGAGUCACCCAUCCAUGGGGAGGAGCAGCAACCCCUGCUUCAUGUGCCUGAAGGGCUCCGAGGCUCCUGGCACCACAUCCAGAACCUGGACUGCUUCUUCACCAAGAUCUACAGCUACCACCAGAGGAACGGCUUUGCCUGUAUCCUGCUGGAGGAUGUCUUCCAGCUGGGACAAUUUGUGUUUAUCGUCGCCUUCACGACCUUCCUCCUUCGCUGCGUGGAUUACAAUGUUCUCUUUGCCAACCAACCGAAUAACCGGACAAGACCUGGGCUGCCUCACAGCAAGGUGACCUUGUCGGAUGCCAUCCUGCCUUCGUCCCAGUGUGCUCAGCGGAUCCACUCCAGCCACCUGCUGGUUCUCCUCCUGAUCCUGGCUGCAGCCUUCUGGCUGGUCCAGUUGCUUCGCUCAGUCUGCAACCUCUUCAGCUACUGGGACAUCCAGGUGUUUUACAGGGAGGCCCUGCACAUCCCCCCGGAGGAGCUCAGCUCGGUCGCCUGGGCUGAGGUGCAGUCGCGCCUCCUGGCGCUGCAGAGGAGCGGGGGGCUGUGCGUGCAGCCGCGGCCGCUCACCGAGCUGGACGUCCAUCACCGCAUCCUGCGCUACACCAACUACCAGGUGGCGCUGGCCAACAAGGGCCUGCUGCCGGCCCGCUGCGCGCUGCCCUGGGGAGGCGAUGCGGCCUUCCUCAGCCGCGGCCUGGCCCUCAACGUCGAUCUGCUCCUCUUCCGCGGCCAAAAAAACGACGCCUACAAGCGCAGCGACCAGCGGGGCGCUCUGGCAGCGCGCUGGCGGCGCACGGUGCUGCUACUGGCUGCCGUGAACCUGGCGCUGAGCCCGCUGGUGCUGGCCUGGCAGGUGCUGCACGCCUUCUACAGCCACGUGGAGCUGUCUUUCGUUCCGGACGAGCAGUGCCAAGGCCGUUCCCCGCAGCUCCUGCUGCAGUCGGCCUUGGCCCACAUGCAUUACCUCCCGGACGAUCCCGGCGCUGCGGGCAAGGCCAGCGCUUACCGGCAGAUGGCGCGUCUGUUGCAAUACCGAGCGGUCUCCCUCCUGGAGGAGCUGCUGUCCCCUCUCCUCACCCCGCUGUUCCUGCUCUUCUGGUUUCGCCCUCGUGCCCUGGAGAUUAUUGAUUUUUUCCAUCACUUCACUGUGGAUGUGGCCGGGGUUGGCGACAUCUGUUCCUUUGCCCUUAUGGAUGUGAAGCGCCAUGGCCACCCCCAGUGGCUCUCAGAGGGACAGACCGAGGCCUCGCUGUCCCAGCGUGCGGAGGACGGAAAGACUGAGCUCUCCCUGAUGAGGUUCUCCCUGGUGCACCCACAAUGGCGCCCCCCCGGGCACAGCUCCAAGUUCCUGGGGCACCUUCGGGGCCGGGUACAACAAGAUGCGGCUGCCUGGGGUGCCACCUCGGUUCGCAGCCCCCCCACCCCCAGAGUGCUUAGCGACUCGUCCUCACCUCUGCCGGAAGCCUUCCUGGCCAACCUCUUGGUGCACCCCCUCAUGCCCCCACGGGACCUGAGCCCCACAGCCCCCUGCCCAGCUGCAGCCACUGCCAGCCUCUUGGCCUCCAUUUCCCGAAUUGCCCAGGACCCCAGCUGUGUGUCCCCGGGGGGCACUGGGGGCCAGAAGCUAGCCCAGCUCCCAGAGCUUGCUUCUGCUGAGAUGAGUCUCCAUGCCAUCUACCUGCACCAGCUCCAUCAGCAGCAGCAGCAGGAACCGUGGGGCGAGGCCUCCUCCCUGUCCAGGCCCUGGUCCAGCCCGCCACAGACACUCUCGCCUGAUGACGAGAAGCCAUCCUGGUCAAGCGAUGGUUCCAGUCCUGCCUCCAGCCCCAGACAGCAGUGGAGAACCCAGAGGACGCAGAAUCUGUUCCCUGAACAGUUUCAGGAGACCACAGACACCCAGAAGGAGCCUGGCCAGGCCCCGGGCACUGACUGAGAAGGCACCUUAGGGUUCCUCAGCUUCUCCAGCCACAGGAGACUGGAUGAGGUGGAGCGGAAGAGCACACCGAACCCUCUUUAGGGACCCCCCCCAGAUGCUUUAGUUGGGCAAGACUUGGGGAUCAAUGACGAACUCGCCCCAGAGAACACAGAAAGGGUAGGAGAGGAGAUGCCAAAGGUAUCUAUCUAGAAACAAGUAUUGGAGACAAUCGCCCCAGGGAAGGGAGAAGGGGACACCCCCCCCCAACUAGCCGUCCUGGAGCAGGUGCCUGGGAAGAAGUCCCCAAAUGUCCUCAGGGUGGGGGCAGGGUCAAGGCAGAAGCCAAGCUAAGUGCAAAGGAAACAGUGAGGGACAGGACCUGAGACGCACUUAGUCCUUUGGUUCCCAUGGGACUUGUGGAGGGGGCCACAGGGACCUGUGAGUGGAAAGGCUAGUGAGCGCUGAUGUUUUUGGAGUUCGGCAUUGCUAUGACGUCUGAGGAAGUGGGUGUGGCUCCUCAUCCUGUCUGAAACAAGCAGUAAAGGUUGCUCACGGCUGCGUUGCACAUCUCUGUGACCUUGGUCUCUGGCAUCUCCAUUCCUGGCAGCUGAGGGAGGUACCUACUUCUCACUCAAGAGCAAGCGAACCGCACUGGAGAACUGCCUGUGACUGGUGGCCGGGAACCACGGUUCUAGAGUGCCAGGUCGGAGUGGAGUGUGUAGGAUGGGACUCGCUAUCCAAGAGUUACCACCCCCACAUCUGCACAAGUUAAAAGACAGAGCUCGUUGUUCUAUAAUUUUAAUCCACGGGGCUGGGUUAGGCAUCUCAGUAGCUCCCAUGACAUCCGGUUCAGUCUCUUAUGAAUUCUUCAGUAAUAAAUAUUUGAAUGAUUUGGA